UUGCACAGUGCACUUCUCCUUUGUUCUCUCUCUAUAUCUCUUCCUCCUUCGGCCCCUCUCUUUCUCUCCUUCAUUCCUACCUCGGUCACCUUGCACCGACGUGAACCUCUCUCAGACCUUCUUGCGCCGCCGAAAAACACGAAGAAGAUCAUGCCUGCUGAGCUCAGUCUAUGCUGAGAGAAGGAGGAGAGGGGAAGGAGGAAGCAAGGAGAAAGGGAAAGACGGGAGGAAACGAGGAGGAAGGAGAGGACAGGAGGGAGAAAAGGAGGGGAGGGGGAAGAGAGAGAGAAAAACGAGAGAGGGGUAGUGGAUGUAGCUGUAGCUGUGGGCCGGGGGGUGAGCUACCUAGCCCGGGCUGCUCUGCUGAAACAUCCAUGGGUGGCUGUGUCGGGAGCCACCACGACUCUUCGGGCAGCUUAAACGAGAACUCGGACGGCACUGGAGUGGCUCUAGGGCGUAACCAGCCCCUGAAGAGAGAGCGGCCUAAAUGGAAAAGUGACUACCCGAUGACUGAAGGCCAGCUGCGCAGCAAAAGAGAUGAGUUCUGGGAUACGGCGCCAGCUUUCGAAGGCCGGAAGGAGAUCUGGGAUGCGCUGCGGGCUGCGGCCAGCGCCUUUGAGAGCAAUGACCACCUGCUGGCUCAGGCGAUCCUUGACGGAGCCAGCAUCACACUGCCACAUGGAGCUCUGACCGAAUGCUACGAUGAAUUGGGGAAUCGAUACCAGCUGCCAGUCUACUGCCUCUCUCCCCCCGUCAACAUGAUUGAGGAACGCUCCGAUGAGCCCGACGGUUCAGAUCCUGACUCCGGAACCGCCGACCCGUCCUUGGGCAGCGCCGGUGAUCCUGGCACAGGAGGGGAAUGCCAGCUUCGGCUCCGCCUCUCCACGGGUCGCGACCUCCGGCUGGCAGUCCGUUCCACGGACACAGUAGGCAUAAUGAAGCGGCGUCUGCAAAGUCAGGAGGGUGUGCCUGCCGCAACGCAACGCUGGUUUUUCUCAGGGCGGCCACUGACAGACAGACUGCGCUUGGACCAACUCAACAUCUCAAGAGACUAUGUAGUGCAGGUCAUCCUCAGCCAGCGACCACCACCAGAGCCUGAAACUACGCCAGAAACAUCAGGGCCAGUGGCAGCAGAAGAAGUAGCCGCACUGCCACAAGAGCCCACGCCGGAGGAGGAUUGAUGCUCCCAAACUGGCAGCCUGGAGCGGGGCAUACCAAUGAUGUGAUAGUAUAAAAGUUGGAGGAUAACAAGGGACACAAAAGAAGCUGAUUUCUCUUCUCUUCUCUUCUCUUCUCUUCUCUUCUCUUCUCUUCUCUUCUCUUCUCUUCUCUUCUCUUCUCAGACAUUUUUUGCUGAGGACUUUGUUUGGGCUGAUAUUAGCCAUCUGCUGGAGCAUAAGGACUCUUGGAUUGAGAAAAGACUAAUCCUUUUGGUUUUUACACAUUGAAAUUUUGACCUUUUUUGAAGUCUUUUUAACUGUUCCUAUGGAAACCAAACCGCAAAAAGAGAACUUUGUCAGAUGGCUAAAAUGGGUUUUCUUAGCAACACUGAUAUUUGAAUGUUUCUGUGUUUCAGUUUCCAUUCAAGUCCUGCUCUUUGGCAAAGCUGGUUCAGCACAGAGAAUUCUUCGUAUAAGGCGACAGGGUUACGCGUGUACUUUCACAGCAUAUGUUUUCAAUUCAGACAUUUCAAAAAGACACUUAACAGUACUGAGAGUUAUUCAGAAAUUCUUCAUUUAAAUACAUGAAAGUAAAUCAGUCAAGAAUGCUUGCGUCAGGGGAUAAAGUCAGUAUACAAACAGCCAUAAAGGAAGUUUGGUGUAGUUGGUUAGCAAGCAGAUGUGUUCUCCCUCUUGAGGCUGCACUCAGAGGACAUGACUGGAUGUUUUACCAAGCUGCUGCUGCUGGAUCAUAUUCUUUAUUUCACUCUGCUUCACUGAACAAUCAGAUUAAUCAUGUUAUAAGUAGUCAGCCUGUGCGUGAGAGUGCGUGUGAAGAAGUGCGUGUGUGCGUGCGCAGAUGUUCAUAUAUGAUCAGGACACAACCACCACUCAUUCAUGUGGCGAAAAGGAUGGACAUCAGAAACACAGUUGCAUAUUUUGAUUAAAGACAGAAUGUUUUUAAUGAAAA